AUGUCAACAAGCAUCCCUGCCGGGCUAAAGUCGGCUGAUAUUAGCCGUUUCGUGACCCGGGCUGCGCAGCUUGAGAAAGCAAAGCCGACCAUUUCAUACUGGUGUAAUUUCUGGGCAGUCACUCAGAUUCUGGAUAAAAAUCUCCAUAACUCAGACGAAGAAUGUUUGAAAUACACUACUGAUCUCAUGGAUAAACUGGAGAAGUUUAAAAAGGAACAUUCUCAUGACGAUACGAUAACCGACGACACUGCAGGCCAGGCAUACGUGGAGCAAUUCGCGUUGGAAACAUUUCAACGAGCAGAGAAUGCAGUUCGGGCAAAUAAAGCUUCACUGCAAACUGCCGACACCUUCCAGGCAGCAGCCACAUUCUUGGACUUGGGCCAAGCAUGGGGUCAGCCUGACGCCGAGACAGCCUCGAAAAUCAAAUAUGCUAAAUAUCAUGCUGUCCGUAUAGUGAAGGCUAUAAAGGCUGGGGAGGAUCCAAACCUCUCCAAUCCUAAAAAUGCGGAAAAUGUGCAAGAAUCCGAAGGGGGUGGCCAUUUGGCUGGCGCAACUGGGGGAACAGUAGUUGGAAGUGAAGCCCAAGAUAUGCCAGAAAACACCAGAAAAAGUCGACAAGCUUCUGUUGAGGAUAUUCCAGAUGAAUUUGACAAGGUUCAGAGUAAACUGGCUGCACAAUCGUCCUUGAACGAGUCUCUCCAUCCUUCACGUUCUUCGUCUGCCGCGCCUCCCCCCCGUUCCACGGGCGCCAUCAACAUCCCGAGUGCACCCACAAGCGCACCGGGCAGUGGUAUUCCAAGUCCUCCGAUUAGUAUACCGCCGGGGAUGGUAGAUUUUGAAGAACAUUUACGGCAAAGACCCUCACAGCUCUCCCGAGCCACCGUUCCCGACCUCCCUGCGGCGCCCUCUGAUUUUCCAUCUCCUGCAUCAAGCAAUGCCGAUUUACCCUCUCAAAUGGGACCAGCUUCUGACUUCUCUUCAGCUAAUAUUCUUCAGUCAUUUCCUUCACCGGUCCCUGAACCCGAAUUUCCUCCCACUGAGUCCCAUGCCCUGGGCCCUCCCCCACCUCCAGUGACCCGGCUUCCUAAAGAAUCACUACCCAUCUCUUCAUCAACUCCUAUGGCUAUCUCCUCUGGCCAGGCUGUUGACGAAGAGGCAAUCUCCAAUGCUCAAAAGCAUGCACGGUGGGCGGUGUCUGCGCUCAAUUUUGAUGAUGUCAAUACUGCGAUUAAAGAGCUACAAAAAGCCCUAAACCUCUUAAACCCCCGCUGA